CAGAGAUCAUCUAUCAAUGAUAUGGAAACAAAAAACAUAACAGGGCUGACAGAGUUCAUUCUCACAGGACUUACACAUCAACCAGAGUGGCAGGUCCCCCUGUUCCUUCUGUUCUUGAUGAUAUACCUCAUCACCAUUGUGGGAAACCUUGGUCUAAUCGCGCUCAUCUGCAAUGACCCUCACCUUCACAUCCCCAUGUACUUAUUCCUUGGGAAUCUGGCCUUUGUGGAUACUUGGUUAUCCUCCACAGUAACCCCCAAAAUGCUGCUCAACUUCUUUGCCAUGAGCAAAAUGAUCUCUCUUUCUGAAUGUAAGAUACAAUUUUCUUCCUUUGCAAUUUGCGUAACCACAGAAUGUUUUCUGCUGGCAACAAUGGCAUUUGAUCACUAUGUGGCCAUAUGCAAACCAUUACUUUAUCCAGUGAUCAUGACCAAUAGACUAUGUAUCUGGCUAUUAGUUUUGUCAUUUUUAGGUGGCCUCUUCCAUGCCAUAAUUCAUAAUGCUUUUUUACUCAGAUUAACCUUCUGCAAUUCCAUCAUAGUACAUCACUUUUAUUGUGACAUUAUACCAUUGUUUAAGAUUUCCUGUACUGACCCUACAAUUAAUUUUCUUAUGGUGUUCAUUUUUGCUGGAUCAAUACAGGCAUUCACCAUUUCCAUUGUUCUUGUCUCUUAUACACUUGUUCUCUUUACAAUCUUAAAAAAGAAGUCUCUACAAGGAAUAAGGAAGGCCUUCUCCACUUGUGGAGCCCACCUCCUGUCUGUCUCUUUAUACUAUGGGCCUCUUCUCUUCAUGUAUGUGCUCCCUGGAUCUGCACAAGAAAAUGAUCAGAAUAUGAUGGACUCUCUGUUUUACACUGUCAUAAUUCCUUUCUUAAAUCCAAUAAUUUACAGCCUGAGAAAUAAGAAAGUCAUAGACUCACUGACAAAAAUGUUAAAGAGAAAUGUUUAG